AUGAAGGCUGAUCAGUCGUUUAUCUCAGAUAUCCCCUUGCCGAGUGAAGAUGAUCCCGAUCUGUUUGAUGCAAACUGUGAUCCUGCCAAUCCGAAAACGCUGACAUUUGACGAAGUCCGACUGGCUAGAGAGCGUAUCAAGGAUGGGAUAAUUUAUACAAAUUGUAAGGAUGAGGCUAAACGUGGUGUCAUUGCAUGCAGUGCUGGAAAUCAUGCCCUGGGAUUGGCCUAUCAUGGAAAGUUGUUGAAUAUACCGGUGACUGUGAUUAUGCCUGAGAAUGCCAGUGUCAUGAAACGUGAACGAUGCGCAAGUUUCGGUGGUCGUGUUCUCCUCAAAGGCAAGAAUAUGCUUGAAAGUAAACGUUAUGCAAUGAAGAUGGCCAAGUUGAACAAUUUACCUCUGAUAAAUGGCUACGACCAUCCACAUAUUUUGGCGGGUCAAGGAAGUGUUGCCAUCGAAAUCCUGGAACAAGUCCCUGAGGUUGAUGCUAUCAUAGUGCCAGUUGGUGGCGGUGGCCUGAUUGCUGGAAUCUCUGUUGCAGCAAAAGCUAUUCGACCGAAGUGCAGCAUAAUUGCUGUGGAAUCAGAGAACUGUCCAGGUUUCAAUCAAGCGAUGCUUGCCGGGAAACCAGUUUAUACAGAAAAUUUCCCAUCGUGUGCAGAUGGCUUAGCAAUUUCCAUGGUUGGCGUGAAUGCAUUCCAGACGUGUCGUCAUCUCGUGGACAAAGUGAUCACGCUGAACGAGUCCCACAUACAUCGGGCAGUUGUACGCCUGUUGGAAGUGGAGAAGUGUGUUGUCGAGUGUUCAGCAGCGACGUCUUUGGCUGUAAUCAUGGCUGACAUGCUCCCGGAAUUAGUCGGCAAAAAAGUUGUCUGCCUUCUGAGCGGUGGGAAUAUUGACACUUCAAUGUUGGGUCGUGUCAUCGAAAGGGGCUUGGCACUUGAAGGUCGUCUGUGUCGUUUCAUCGUUGUCAUAGCCGACCAGCCUGGAUGUAUUGCAGACUUGUGUGCAUUGUUGAAGCAGAUUGGAGUUAGCAUUAAAGAUAUCAGUCAAGAUCGUACAUGGUUGAAGUCGAGUGUAUUUGAAGUUCAAGUGAAGUGUAUCUGUGAAACUCGUGAUUUUGUCCAGGCAAGUGAUCUGGAGCGGGCAUUGAAAGCCAAGUAUAAACACGUUGUCUGGGGUGAUGAGUCCAUUUGGUGA